UCGCUCAGUGGCGUGAUUCAAAGCUGCUCUUGUGUCAUGAUACCGACUUCAUUCCUUGUCACCUCAUUCGAAUCCAGCUAUCCAGCACCAGCAUUCAUAUAUCCGACAUGGUUUAUCGUAGCAACCUCAGCACAAUUUCCAGUCGUAUCCCGAGCCUGCUUGCCAUCGCUUCCAAGCCUCGAGUGGAGCCAUGCAUCGUCGCUGCGCAAGGGAGGCUCCCGAACGCCAGAGCGAUGACUCUGAUGCCCCAGUUCCACCGAGGCCCUUCCGCCAUUAAGCGAAUGUUGGAUGACUACGACCGUUAUCUAUCAGGGCAUAGCCUCGAUCCGCAUCCCCGGGCAUAUGCACCAACCUUCGACAUGCGCGAAUCGAAGGAUACCUACCAGCUGGAAGGGGAACUCCCCGGUGUGAAGCUAAGCGAUGUUGAGAUCGAGUAUGUUGACGCGCACACUCUCAAUAUUAAAGGGCAUACAGAGCAUGUGUCUGAAAUGGAGGAAGGGUCCUGGUGGAUAUCUGAACGCGCCACUGGGGACUUCCGUCGGUCGUUCAGCUUUCCAUCCGCCGUGGAUCAGGAGAACACUCAUGCUCGACUGAAGGAUGGAGUGCUUUCGGUGACUAUUCCAAAGGUGGCCUCGACUUGGGAUGUGAAGAAGGUGAAAGUCGAGGAAUAGGUGAAGGGGAACUGGAGUUCAAAUUGAUAAGGUGAAGUGAUAUGAAAACGCACUCUCUCAGUCUUUAGUCUUUACAUAUAUGGCGUUUGCUUGGGCCAUUCGACAUUCACAAUCAAAAUACGAUGGUUUCCUCGUCAAGGUGGGUGUGUAUAUAGGGGAAAUUGAUACGGGGCGUGAUGGGCUGGGAGUGUCACCAUUCUUCAUCCAGGCGUAUUCAGCGAGACUAAAAUGCAU